CAAUGUCAAUUUAGUUUCGAAAUGGAGUCCGUGUUGGAUUUUUCUGUAAAGUAAAAUAAAACACAUUUUAUUUACUCGUAAUGUUAGCAGCACAUUAAUUUCCAGUUACAGUCACGAUUAUGUUAUUAACUUGUAGUGUUUUGUUUAGUUUAAAUUUACGGGGGAAAUAUGGAGGAGGAACUAAACGAAAAUGAAUUGGAGGAACGAUUAUAUGCUAUGCUACAUCAUGUGGAUGAGACUCAGGCUAACUUGACCAUCACAGAGAAUGAAACUGUAAAAAUCGUAGAUAUCACACCACAGAGUACCAUACGGCGUUACUGGCGCACCAGCAAUGAACAGAACUCGCCUAACAUACAUGAAAAAGUAAACCCGCAAAAGGAAAAUAAUACACCACCAAAACCACUUGCUACAAAUGAUCAAAAGCCCAAAGAAGAGAAAUGUGAUUCAAAUAAUUCAUCAUCAGUAGAUUUAUCAAUAUUCAAAAAUCCACCAAAUAUUAUAAAAAGCACUAUUGAGAUAUUACAUCAUGACCUUCAUAAUCCUGUUGUACUUGAAUCGAGUGAUGAGGAUGAAGUAGUAGAGGUGAAAUUACCACCAAAACCAACUAUCACUAUAGAGAGCUCUGAUGAAGAUGAACUCCAUAUUAUCACAAACUCUGAAUCACCAACAAAGGAACAAGAUAAAAAUUUGCAAUAUAAGUCAGCAAGUAAUGGCGACAGAGAAUCUGCUAGCCCCGUUCCAUCAGUAGUGUCAUCUGUAUCUGAUGAAUUUAUACGAGGAGACUGUAUUGCCUUAAACAUUUCAUCGCGAAGACCACAUGAUCAUAGUUUUGAUUUCAGUCUCCAUGGUUCUGACCUACUGGGUCAAGAGUCAUCUAAAAAAAAGAAAAAAAAAAGAUCAAAGGAAUCUGUUUCUACAUCAACACCUGUUACAGUCUUGGAUAAAAGCAAAAGAGACCAAUCAGACGAAUGUUUUGCGACACCAAAAAGCAAGGCUAAACAUAAAAACCAAAAAAAACUAUACACUGUAACAGAGAAAAGUGUACCAAACAUUGAUGUUUAUGAUUCAGACAGUAAUCAGUCUGUCACCAAUGUAAAAACAAAUGAGAAUUCGUUUAUUGUGUCAGAGAAGAGCUUACCAAAUGCUGAUGUCUAUGAAUCUGACUCAAAUCAAUCAGAUAUAGUAAAAGAGAAUGUGCAACCUAAUAAUAAUGUUGUUAAAGAUUCCACAACUUCAGACAGCAAUGUAACUCUUGAGAAACCUCAAGUAAAACCACAACAGGAGCCACCAAAAACUAAAGAAAGUUCUAGUACACCUAAUAUCAAUAAAUCUGCAGAUGUGGUUGUUGAUCUGACCGAUAGUGAUGAUUUAAUCAUGUUAGAUACAGCAGAUAUACCUGAGUGUAUAGUCAUGGCCAAUGUGUCAGGCUUCCAGGAAUCAUCUGAUUAUUCAGAUGAACCUGUCUCUAAAAAUGAAAUUCCUAAUUAUGGGUCAACCAAAUAUCCUCCAAUAUUAUAUGACAACCUUGAUUUUGACAAUCUAAAAGGUACCGAUAAGAUCAGCAAAAGAAGGAAAUACUCUCUAACAACUCUGCGUGCUGAGAUGCAGAAAUUCUAUAAUGAAAGCUGGGGUGGAGAAGAUUUCAACCAUAGAGAAAUUCAGAAGCAUAUGUCAAAAGAUAAAAGUUUAUGGAUGAUAGAUGCCAAGGACCGGAUGCCAGGACUAGCAAACAACAGAAAAAAAGUAACAUGUCACUAUUGCAACCGGGCAGGCCACCGUGACGAUACUUGCCGCAUGAAGCCAGCGGUGUGUUACAUGUGCGGCUCCACUGGCCACUUCGAGCCGCGGUGCCCAAGCAAAAUAUGUGUCAAUUGUGGGGCACCAAACCAAUUGUACUCGACAAUGUGCCGCAACUGCAGCUUCUGGGGUCGAAUUAGAUGUGCGGAGUGUGGGCAACACGGCCAUCCGGCCAGUCACUGUCCGGACACGUGGCGUCGCUACCAUAAUACGGUGGAUGUUAAUUUACCUCUAGAAGAAAACCGUCAGACGAAAAAGAGCUAUCAUAUGUAUUGCAGUGGCUGCACGCGCCGUGGUCACCUCGUCCACACUUGUCGUUUCUCAAUACCAUUUUCUAGCCUCCCAAUAAAUUCUCCCUACGUGUCCGAAUAUCGUCCCUUGUACUUGCCCACAAGUACGGACAAUUCGAAACAUGAUAACAAUCAGAAAAACAAACAGUCCCAUAAAACCGCUCAAGAUUCAACCAUCUCUUUACCUACAAACACUUGUAGGAGUGAUCGAAAUAAACGUCAGUCGAAAUCGCCAAGUUCGCAGGAGACUGUUAGUAAGAAGAAAAAGCAGAACUCUUUAUCUGAAAGUCUAGAACCAAGCAGCAUCAACAAAAAUAAUAUAGGCAACCGAGGAUCAAGGAAGAACUCACAAGGAAAGGAGACUGUCGACAAUAGUGACAAAGCCGUCACUAAUCCACCGGGUGUUACUAUUGAAAAAGCCCCUGACUAUAUACCCAUCUUUUCAUCAAACCGCGACAAAAAGGGUCAAAUGAUUCAAGACAAUGAAGUGUCUGACACAAGUGAUAUAAUAACAUCUGCGAGAAUCUAUAUCACUCAGAAAGUAAAAGAGGAACUUAAAACGAAGGAUGGCCAAGAAUGGUUAGAUAAAGCACUGAUAAAAUGUAAUAUAACUAUAGAAAGUUCCGAUAUGAAUUUAUUUUUAAAUAUAAAAGGUAAAAUUGCUGAUCAGGAGGCUUUCCAAGCGGAACUUAGAGAUUGGACAACAUAUAAAGAGAACCCUAAAACUGAUGAUACGAACCUCAUAUUAAGUUUGAUACCUAAAUAUAGGAAUAAAGCCAUCGGAGUUAUUAGUAAAGCCCUAGAGUCUCUCAAAAGUUACUUGGGUGACCCUACGACUCUUUAUAAGGAAUUGACGUACCUACAAAGUCGUCAAGAGCAACUGCUUCGACAGAAAGAAAUAAGUCAUGAACAAGUCUCUAACAAUAGAAACAACAUAAAAUAUAUGCUGAAAAAACUAAAUAUGGUACUUCUAGGCCAAGCUGGUCUUGCUAACGGUACUCAACAUGUAAAUGAGUUAAUGUACAUUAAAGAGAAACUUACAAAGUCGAAUCAAAAAACUGUUCCUCUAGAUAUGCGUAAAGAAAUCGGACAACAUUAUCACUGUAUUUUUACAGCCGCCGAAAGAAGUGAUUAUUCACAACUAUUGCAAAAAUACUUCGAUUUAACUAACAAUAAAACAAACUCUAUGGCUAAAAAGCGAAACAAGAGUCAAUUUAAAGUGAAACAUAAAAUUAUGGAAAAUACUGUCAAGAGUAAUAGUAACUUUUUUUACAAUAAAGCGGCAGAUAAAUCUAAUAAUGAGGAGCAAGUUACUGUUCCUGCUGCUGAUACUGUCAAUGAAAAAAUAAGGACGAGUCCUCAAAAUACUUCAGUACAAGAUCUCGUAACCUAUCACAGGAAAAUUUUAAAAGCAAAACCAAACAACAGUUACUUGAAAAAGAUGAAAUCCUUAAUACUGAGGAAAUUACAUUCUCAUAUUGUGUCAAUGCACAACAAUGGACAUAAGAUAUCAACAAAAAAUAUAAGAAAAUUUAAUAAAACAAAAUUGGAAGCAAUUACUUUCUUAGAAAAUCGUCCUCUCUUAGACAUAGUGUUUCUUAUUUAUCUAGGCCUCCAUGAAGUGAAGAGUAAUUUUGAUAUGUUGAUAAUGAGUGUUUUAAAUAGUUUAUUGCCAAUUUUAGAAUUGCUAAUUGUGUUCAGUAAUAUUAGAACUGCUUAUGGUCGAGGGUAUCCUGAUGAAGGAUAUUUUUCAAACAAUGACUACGAUAACCAGGAUUCCGUGGAUCCCAAAAUAAAAAUUGCUUUGAGAAAAUUGGAACACGCACCACAAUGGGUGCCAGACUGGCCAGAUUCUUUCGUAAAGAUGGGCCAAGUGUCUGGAGUGGCACUGGACAAUGCUGGCCAGUUACUGGUCUUCCAUAGAGCUGGCAACCAGUGGGACGCUAGCACAUUUACACCACGGCAUGUGUAUCAGCGAAUAGGUGAACCACCCAUACCAGACCCCACCAUUCUGGUGUUCAAUGAAACCGGAGAACUUGUUGAUAUGUGGGGACAAAAUCUCUUCUACAUGCCUCACGGCAUUACUGUGGACCGUGCAGGCAACGUGUGGGUGACAGAUGUGGGGUUGCAUCAGGUUUUCAAGUUCACACCAAACCAGCGACAGAAACCGGCCCUAACCUUGGGAGAGAAAUUCGUCCCUGGUAAUGAUGACGACCACUUCUGCAAGCCGAGCGCAGUGGCCGUGCUAUCUACUGGCGACUUCUUCGUAGCUGACGGGUACUGCAACCACAGGAUAAUCAAAUACUCACCAGAUGGCACCAUUAUACUGCAGUGGGGCAAACGGUCCGGCCACGACCCGUUCACGUUCGACGUGCCGCACGCGCUGGCGGCGGCCGAGGAGCGCGGCCAGGUGUGCGUGGCCGACCGCGAGCGCGGACGAGUCGCCUGCUUCCGCGCAGACAACGGCACCUACGUCGCCGGAUACACGCACUGGCUCGUCGGCUCCAGACUCUUCAGCGUCGCCUACUCGCACGUGCGCGGUGGCCGACUAUACGUUGUAAACGGGCCUUACAGCAACGUACCAGUACGAGGGUACGUCAUCGACUUCACAUCAGGCCGAUUAAUACAAACCUUCGCACCAGAGGGGGGCUUCAGAAAUCCCCACGACAUCGUAGUGACCCCUGAUGGGGUCACGGCUUACGUUGCAGAGUUAGACCCCCACAGAGUGUGCAAGUUUGUAGAUGAGGGAUUAAGGAACCAGAGUAAAUUAGAACUGACACCCACAGCAUUGACUCCUGUGAAGCCCACAGCCACCAUUGAAGGCGGCGGGGCGGGUGCGGGCGCGGGCGGCGGGCGGUGGUGGUGGGCGGGCGCGGGGGCGGGGGGCGCGGUGGUGUGCGCGCUGUCCGCGGCCGCGCUGCUGCGCGCGCGCAACACCGGUAAGGAUCGCGAGGCGCAGCCGCUCGUCUACUAG